AUGCACCUCCCACCCACCCCACGUGUCCCCAUUCCCACAGUCGCAGCAGCUGCUCCCUCUGCGAGCGCGGCAGCUCUGGUGGGCACGCGGGUGAAGGUCAACGGGCUCUCCUACGCCUUCAACUCGCGCCGCUGCGUCGCCAUCGUGCCCAGCCUGGGUGGCGGGAGCUUGAAGGUGCAGGUGGCGUGGCAGCAGGAUGGCAAGGCUGCUUGCGACAAGAUUCUGUUCUUCCGCGGUUCUAGCUGCAAUGGAAGGGCAUUCGGCUCUCUCGUGUAUGGUCAGCAGAGAUCCAAGCCCCUUGGCAACGCUUUUAUCUCCGCGCGCUGCAUCACUGGUGGCGUCGUUGCCACAACACCUGCCAGCACCACCUCAACACCCGCCAGCGACACCAGUGCACCUGGCGGCGACAACACAACACCUGCCGGCGAUACCACCACACCCGCCACCACCACCACACCUGCCAGCGACACUAUUGCAGCUGUCGGCGAUGCCACAACACCUGCUGGCGACAACACAACACCUGCCACCACCACCGCACCUGCUGGCGACAACACAACACCUGCCACCACCACCACACCUGCCAGCGACAACACGACACCUGCUGGUUCCACGUCAGCUCCUUCUGAGUACCCCGACUUGAAGAGGAUAACCACGGGCGCAUGUGGAAGCUACAGGCAGAACCCGUGCCAGGCAGGCUCAUGCUUCGACAGCCGUGCCCGGAGCUCCUUCACGUGCAUCUGCCCGCCCAAGUACCAACAGACUUCCAACGGUUGUGCAAGGGUGUCAGAGUCUCGUGAGGUGCAAGAGGUCACUGGCGAUGACUGGACGUGCAAGGACGUGUACUCCAUGUUUGGGCUCACGUUGAAGGAAUUCGUGGGCAUGAACCAGGGUAUCGAUUGCUCCAAGGUUAUCAGUACGAAGUACGUGAACGUGAAGGAGUAUUUUCCAGCUUGCUCGGCCUUGUACUACGUCCAGCCUAAUGACACAUGCGCUUCAGUGGCCAAGUUUCUCGACCUCUCUGAGGAGGACCUGUGGAGGUACAACCCCGGAAUGAUCAACUCCUGCUCACGCCUCCCUGCAUUCCGCUCUCUCUGUGUGGAGCGAGAACCCGCCAAGGCCAACUGGGAGUGUGUGAGCCGCGCUCUGGCGCCCGGUGUGGUGAACUGGAAGCGGUUUGCCGUGGCUAAUGGCGCCAGCACCCUGGACCUCGUCAGGCUCAACCCGUGGCUGGCCUUCCGUGAUGCUGAGAGCGAGACCGACACUGAUUACGUUUGUGUGUCUGCCACCUACAGCUAA